UGAUGGUUCCCUUUUUCCAGUCUCUGGGGACUUCUGACAGCCAUGACAAGCACAUGUUAGUUUUACCCUGAUUACAUGAGAUGAGGAAUUAACUCUCCCCUGCUGAAAGCAUUAAAUUAGCCAGAAGUCUGUGUUUACUUUUAACAAAUAUUUGAACUUGUCCAUUUUAUUCAGUACCUGGUCUGUGCUUUCCAUAAUAAUGCAUAGUUAGUGGUGUUAAUGCUACUCAGUAAGUGAAAAAGUAAACUAGUUUUAUAAAAAGUCUCUUUUAACAAGUGAGUUUGGACUUCAGAAGAUUAAGUGCUACUGCACAGUUUAGUGCAUUUUAUGGUUUUCAUUGUCUCUUCGAAGUGUAAAGUUUUGUUCUGGCCCUUUUGUUUUACAGUGUUCCUUGUGGAUCCCAGAGGGCCUGCAGGCAGCUGUGAAAGCAAUGGAAUGACUGCCUGCAUAGCCGGGACGAUGUUGGUGGACGGCCGCCAGCAGCAUGGUGCGAUGUGCUGAGGGGUGGCUGCGGGGCUGUGGCACAGCAAGGAGCUGCUCUGAAUGAAGCCAGGCUCCCUGCACCAUGGGCCAGUGCGUCACCAAGUGCAAGAAUCCUUCAUCUACCCUCGGCAGCAAAAAUGGGGAAAGGGAAACGGGCAGCAAGUCGCACGGCAAGAGAAGUGCUGUCCACAAAGAUGAGCACGCUUCGGCGUGUGGGAAGUCCUCGGGAGAUGUACUUGUGAACGGGACAAAGAAAGCGGAAGCUGCUCUGGAGUCUGGUCCACCUUCAGCGUUUUCUGGGGAUACAAAGAAAGACUCCAUCUCCAGCGUGGAAGAAUCAUCCCUCCAAAGGAUUGGAGAGUUAUUUAGGAGAUACAAGGAUGAACGGGAAGAUGCCAUACUGGAGGAAGGAAUGGAACGAUUUUGCAAUGACCUCUGUGUUGAUCCCACUGAAUUUAAAGUGCUAGUUCUGGCUUGGAAAUUCCAGGCUGCUACUAUGUGCAAAUUUACAAGGAAGGAGUUUUUUGAAGGCUGUAAAGCAAUAAACGCAGACAGCAUCGAUGGCAUUUGUGCACGGUUCCCCAGCCUCUUACACGAAGCCAAGCAGGAAGAUAAAUUCAAGGAUCUCUACCGCUUCACCUUUCAGUUCGGCCUGGACUCUGAGGAAGGACAGAGGUCGCUGCAUCGGGAAAUAGCCAUUGCCCUUUGGAAAUUAGUCUUCACCCAAAACAAACCCCCCAUUUUGGACCAGUGGUUGCACUUCCUAGUUGAGAACCCCUCAGGAAUCAAGGGAAUCUCCCGGGACACAUGGAACAUGUUUCUAAAUUUUACUCAGGUGAUCGGACCAGACCUUAGCAACUACAGCGAAGACGAGGCCUGGCCGAGUCUCUUCGAUACCUUUGUGGAAUGGGAAAUGGAGCGGAGGAAAAAGGAAGAGGAAACCAAAUGUAUUACAUCUUCGGACACAGAGGGUCUGUGUACAGAAGAACAGACUUAACAGCAUUUAAGUGGCAGUGAUGAAAGCAACCCGUUGCCCUUCAUGAGAUGUAAACUCUGGAUGUUUCUGGAGGUUACCAAGGCUCCAGAUUUUUUUCUACUUUACACCUUUUUCUGCCUUGUAUUCGAAAGGGCUCUAAAAUGCUGUAUCAUGUUUUAGGCACUUUCUUAACUUUGGUUAUUCCUUUUACUCUUACCCUGAAAUAUUUGACCCCGGCUACAAGUUAAGCAUUUUUGUUAAGACUUCAGAUUAGUAUAAGUAAGUCUGAUAUUUCUUGCACAAUGUAGAUCUUUUUAGUUAGGUUAAAUUAACAUUGCUAAAUUAUACAGUGCCAGAUUAAGUUUUUCAUACUAUGUCUGUCAGGGCAGGUCUGUACUGUGUGUAGUGCUGUUUACAUUGUUGAAAAUUUAGGCUAUAAUAAUUUUAAGGUUUUAUACCAAGAACAUAGCAGUGUUAACUUGAAAUGCAUUAAUCCCCUCCUAAUAAGGCUCUUAAAAAACAACAACAACAAAUCCAACAACAUAAGCAACAGCUUUUUGUAAUAUGGCUCAUUGCCACUUGAAGCAACUCCUCGUGACCGAGUCCAAAUCAUUCCUUUUUAUUUCAGUUUCAAACUAAAUGUUGGGACUGUUUUUAUAAAGUUACUGUACCUGUCAGUCAACUGAGUGGUAGAUGAGGAUUUGUAUUGAAAUCUCUGACACAACAUGUAAUAAAAGAGCAGUGCUACCUCAGUUUUAUUGAAAGUGGACUUCUUGGUGGGCUUCCAUUUUCUUUGGAAGUUUAUUUUUGUGGUUACAGGAGAAUAUUUUUACUUGACUAAAAGAACCAAAGGUUCUGCUUCUUAAGUUUCUUAAACAUUGACAGAAGCAACACACAAAGCCUAAGUCUUCAAGGAAAACUGCGGUAUAAUUCUGCUUUAAUUUGUUUGAUUUAUACCUGAAGCAUUAUCUUACUUGUCUGGCAAGCACAGUACUUCUAUGUGAGGAACCAAUUUUUUUAAAGCUAUGCUUAAUUGCUAAAUUGCAGUUAAUACUCCACACUUCCUGGAGCAACAAUAUCGGCAUCUGAUGACAAAGUGAAUUCGUAAUGUGUUCUUAAUGACAACAGUGUAAACGAGUCAUUUUUAGACUGAUUUGAUAAUAUUUGGAUAGGAGUAAAUUUAUUAUUUUACAAUGCCUGUAUUGGGACUAUUUGCCUGUUGAAAUUGUUGUGACUUAAAGGGAAUUUUAUUAACACUGGUUGAAGCUUUUUUUGGUUAUUGAUGUUACCUUUUUUAAUUGUAAUACGUCAACUUUUUUACACAUUUUGUAAAAAGGGAUAAUUGCCAAGGCUUCCCGUGAAGCCCAGUGUCAAACUCAUGAAGCCAAUACACACCUUUUAUUUUCAUCACA